AUGGAUAACCAUGCGGCUCUGCCGCCUUACUCUGCGACUAACAACCCUGUUACCUUACCUCCACCCUACACGGGAACAGAUGAGCGUACCCCAGGCCCAUGGUCUGUCCACGUGAAGACCUUGCCAUGGCUCGCUGCCCGAAAAGGCAGCUUCAUCAAAUCGGACUUCCAUAAAUUUCUUCCGACUAUGGAACCUCGCCGCGAGCCUACCUUACGGCCUGACAACGUGCUUUUUGGAUCCAAUAUUGCGAAUGCGGAAGCAAUUUAUAUGCAGAUGGUUGGACGAUGGGCCGAGCAGGAAUGCACCCACUGUCAACAAGAAGAGGGGCCGUUCCCUCAUUGCGUUGUCAUCGAUACCCUCGGUUGGCCAAAAAAGUGUGCUAACUGCCACUGGGGCGGUAAUUCUCGUCAAUGCUCCGACUUCAUUGAACGCCCUGACCAAUACUCACGGCCCAUCAUCCCACACGCCAGCUUUCGUCAGCCAGCACCCUCUGAGUUGAAUACUCUGCGCUCCAUCAUCGUUGAUCUUACCUCUGCCAUUUCGUAUGCUGAUCAGGCUACACACGAUAACCUUGAGGCGUGGAGAAGUUCACGUGGAAUGGCCCAGGAACUACGAUCUCGCCUAAAUCAGGGGGAUCAUAUUCGCACCUCAGAUGUUCGACGGGUCCGGGCGCAGAUUCUAGCUGGGGUCGGUCGAGGUCAUACCGUUCAAUUCGCUGGACAGGCAGUUGCACGGCACAUCCAGGAUCUCCAAAGCGCAGUUGAUGCUCUUGUUCACCGAUAUAGCGAGUAG